CAGCGUUCGUCGCGAAUCGAGAGAUCAGUCCGCAAAAUGUUUCGCAAAUGCAUCGCCAGUCUGGCCAACUUGGCACCCGUCCCCAGUCCGAUUUCGGUUACGGUUCCCAGGAUAAUUGCCCCAGCCGCUAGUCAGCUUGUCCAGCGACGAAGUGUCCACCAGGUGCCCCUCCAGGGAAGACCUCCCAAAAUCCUCAUCACAGGUGGUCUUGGACAAUUGGGAAUCGAAUGUGCUAAACUUCUUCGAACCCAGUAUGGCAGUCAUAAUGUGAUUCUCUCGGACAUCAUUAAACCUAGUCAGUCCAUACUAGAGAAUGGGCCCUAUAUUUUUGCCGAUAUCCUGGACUUUAAGGGUCUGCAGAAGAUUGUUGUGGACCACCGCAUCGAUUGGUUGAUUCACUUCUCAGCUCUUCUAAGUGCUAUUGGAGAACAGAAUGUACCUUUGGCAGUGAGGGUCAACAUUGAGGGCGUUCACAACGUAAUUGAGUUGGCAAAGCAGUACAAGCUGCGCAUCUUUGUGCCCAGCACCAUCGGAGCCUUUGGGCCCGACAGUCCCCGCAAUCCCACGCCAAAUGUUACGAUCCAACGUCCCCGCACCAUUUAUGGCGUUUCCAAGGUGCACGCCGAACUGAUUGGCGAGUACUAUUACCAUAAGUUUGGCCUGGACUUCAGAUGCCUGCGCUUCCCCGGAGUCAUAUCCAGCGAUCCGCCAGGCGGUGGCACCACAGAUUAUGCUGUUGCCGUGUUCCACGAUGCCCUGCGUCAUGGAAAAUACACCUGUUACCUGCGUCCCGAUACAAGACUGCCCAUGAUGUACAUCGAGGAUUGUUUGCGAGCCCUUCUGGAGUUCAUGCAGGCACCCAAUGAACAGCUGAAGCGCCGUGUCUACAACGUCACCGCCAUGUCCUUCACUCCCGAGGAGCUCUUCGCCCAGCUGGGCAAACACGUGCCCAAUCUGCACGUGACCUACCAGCCGGACAGCCGCCAGUUGAUCGCAGAUGCGUGGCCAAUGGUGUUCGACGACUCGGAGGCCCGACGGGACUGGCACUGGCAGCACAAAUACGACUUGGCCCACCUGGUGGACUUCAUGGUCAAGGAUGUCCAGGACAACUACAUCAAUGUGCAUCCGGAGCAGCAGACUCUGCAGAUCUGAUAAUUUGGGGAGCGGAUCAGGCAGAUCGAACAACCGCAUCUAGUAUUCUUAAGUGAUGAAAUUCAAGCGCAUUUAACACUGCAUUUACCUAGUGGAUACCAACACAAAACACUGUUCUAUUUACCUUUGAAAAUACAGUAAGGCAUUUAUUGGAAAGAAAA